AUGUAUCCCUUUGAAAUAUUCAUGGGUGAUUCAAAGCGAUCAGUGAAAAAUAAAGCUAAAGUUGAAGGAUCAAUAUGUGCACAUUACUUGCAUCGGGAAACAUCACAUUUUUGCAGUCAUUAUUUCAAUCAUUUGAUGGUAACUCCAAGAAUCAUAAGGAAUGAAUUUGAUGUUAACAAAAGAAGUCAGUUUACCUUGUCAAUCUUCAGUCUUCUCGGUAGCCCCUCUGGAAAGAAGAAUGUGCAUUGGCUGGCCCAAAAAGAAUUGCAAUCUGCACAUGUUCAUGUUCUAAUUAACUAUAUUGAAGUUAGGCCAUAUCUUGAGGCAUUUAAUGCCUCCUAUUUUCAAAGCACCGGUGAACAAACAACUACCAGUCACAUACAUGCAUCUUUUCCAGCAUGGUUCAAGGAUCAACUGUCAUGCAUUGUUGCAUUGACUCAAGAAAUACUUCAUUUGAGAAACUUAUCUAGAGGCCAUGUUCAAAUAGCAAUUGAAUGA